GCACAGAGCACGCACUAUAGUAUGGAAUAUUGACCCAUAAGUUAUAGCAUUUAUCACGAUAGCUCAGCACCUUCACUGGAUAGUGCAGGAUUUCUCAGUGUUUCCAUUUUCCCGGUUGCCAGAUUUCUAAAAUUCCGGCAAAGGAAUCAGUUUUUCCGGCAAUGAAAAUCCCUGGUUUUGAUGAUCAUAAUUCCCUUUUAUUCGCUGCUUAAGGUUCCUAUUUGGUUCUCUCUCUAGAAAGCUCUGAUGAGGGCAUCGGUGCGAAGAAGUUCAGGUGACUCGAACGCAGUAACUCGGUGCCAUUCUCAGGAGGUCGAUUGCGAGGCAAUAAAACAGUGAUGGGGUGCCUGGAUUUUGCUAGAGAUAGAUGAUCGUUUAAGAUUUGGUGAAAGGAAUUAGGAAGCAUGAGUAUGUCAUGCUAAGUGGAAGAAGCAAAUAGAAAAUGAAGUUCAUGAAACUUGGAACAAGGCCAGAUACCUUUUUCACAGUAAGUGCCAUAAGAUCCAUCUCAUCAGAGGAGCCCACCGAUCUCAUCAUACAAAUAAAAAACACAAAAUAUCUUUUACACAAGCUACCCAUGCUCUCGAAAUGCAGCCUCCUGCAACUGCUUUACCAGGAAUCACAGCCGGAAGACAUUCAGCUUCCUCAUUUCCCGGCGGACGAGGAAACAUUUGAGGUCUGCACCAAGUUCUGCUACGGCAUGGCUGUCGAUCUCAGCUCUCGUAACAUCGUGGCGGUUCGAUCUGCGGCAAAGUACCUCCAAAUCCCAUCUCUCCUCCAAAAGCUAGAGGCCUUCAUUGAUACCUGCAUAUUGCAAUCUUGGAAGGAUAGCAUCCUCACAUUACAGUACGCUGGGAAACUUGGAAACUUGCCGGAGAACCUACAAAUUAUCAACCGUUGUAUCGAAUCGAUUGUCAUAAAGAUUGUUACGCCACCUUCCAGGGUAAGGUGGUCAUUCACCUACACCCGGGGCUCCAAAUCGACGGGAAACUUGCCACCAGACUGGUGGGUGGAGGACAUUUCAUGUCUAGAUCUUCAAAUGUACCUUCGAGUUUUGGACGUGGCGAAAGCCAGUAGCAUGAUCACGCCAUCUCUCGUUGGCCAGGCACUCGAAGUUUACGCCACCCGUCGGUUGCCGGAUAAUGGCAUCACGAUAGGGAUUUCUGAUAAUCAAGCUGAUGAGGUAGUUGUGGAGCAGAGGCAAGUGCUAGAGGCCAUUGUGGAUCAGAUUCCGGCCGGUAAUGGGGUGGUUUCCGGGAGGUUUCUAAUUAAGCUCGUAAAGUCGGCGAGCUUGCUAGGGGCUUCGAUAGUGGUAAAGGUGAGAAUUAUCAGAAAAGCCGGGUUACAGUUAGAUGAGGCCUCUGUUAGUGAUCUCCUUAUACCAAAAGUUUCUACUGGGAGCCCUACUUUCUAUGAUAUAGAUUUGGUGAGAGAUUUACUAGAGAAUUUUUUGGUGCAAUUCCGGCGUGGUCAGUUGCCGGAAUCCAGCAGGUUCGCCGACAUGGGUCAGAUUACAGCAAGGGUGGAGAAGGUUGCAAAGCUUAUCGAUUCCUAUUUGGGACAGGUGGCAAGGGACCCAAACAUUUCGGUGUCAAAGAUCGUCAGGCUCGCAGAGAUGGUACCGGAGAGGUUUCGCCAAGAUCAUGACGAUCUUUACAUGGCCAUUGAUGCUUAUCUGAAGGACCACCCCAAUCUCUCAAAAUCGGACCGGAAGCAGCUCUGCGGCAUCCUCGAUUGCCAGAAGCUCUCCCUGGACGUGUGCAUGCAUGCUGUCCAAAACGAACGCCUCCCCCUCCGAGUAGUGGUCCAAGUCCUCUUCUCCGACCAUGUCAAAAACGCCAUUUCCUCCAUCCCAGACAAAAGCAUAAACCUAAGAAGUGACCUCAGGGCCAUGUUGCCUGAAAUUCGCAGGAAAACCACUGGAAUUUCACCUGAAAAAGCACGAGAAGGGCGGAAAAUGAAGACCCACUCGGAGGCCAGGAGAGAUGAGGUCAAGGCAAAGGAGAAAGGUGGUUUAGGGAGGAAGAUAGAGAGUGUAAUUAAGGGAGUUGAAGGGAGAGAAAAGCGCGGAAAUGGCAGCAAGGAGGGGUUAAGAGAGAGUGAGAAUGAGGAGGGGAGAGAAGAGGUGAGGAGGAGGUUGGGAAAGAUGAAGGUUGGGGAGGGGGAGAUGGGGAGGGAGGAGAGAGAAGAGGGUGAGAAUAGGGGUGGAGGAGAGAGAUUUAAGGGGGGAGUGGUGAUUAGGACUGCGUCUAAGGGAGGGGUGAACGUUGUUGGUGUGAAGAGAAACAUCGUAAAAGAGAGAUGA